AUAGUUCGUACUAAUAAUGUGGGGGUGAAAUGGGAAAUAGGGCUUUGGUGAAGCUGGUAAGCGAGAUGGGAGAUAGGAAAUGGAGUAUGAUCGCGAGGAAGAUGGUGGGUCGAGCCGGGAAACAAUGCAGGGAGAGGUGGCGCAACCAUCUUCGUCCGGAUAUCAAGAAAACCUCUUGGAGCGAGGAUGAAGAGAGGCUCUUGGUGGAGUUGCACGAGCAGCUCGGGAAUCGGUGGUCCGAGAUCGCGAGGCAGAUCCCGGGCCGGUCCGAGAACGCGAUAAAGAACCACUGGAAUGCCACUAAGAGGCGGCAGUUCUCAAAGAGAAGAGAAAGGGAGGUGGGGUCAAGCAGCAGCAGCCACACAGCGAACAAAAGGAGGCCAUUGGUUCUCCAAAACUACAUCAAAUACAAGUACUUCAGCGGUCUGACCCUCGGCCCGCCUAGUUCAGUUUUUGAUGUUCGGGAGCCGAUCCAGCGACAGGGGAUCACUACUUCUAGCCCCCUGCACAGGGGCUCGUUCUCGUCAGGACUAUUUCCUGUGGAGAACGAGCACCGUGAUUCACCGCCAUCGCUUCUAGCUGAAACUUGUGAUGAGGAGAUGAGCUUCAUGGCAAAGCUCUUCGGGAGCUCACCGUCAUCAUCGGGAACAUCGAUGGUGGCGAAAAAUAAUGGGUCGCAUCUCAACCACCAGCAGCAGCACCGCAACUUUGGUGUAUUUCAGGGUAAUAGAGAGGAUGGGACGAUAGAAGAAGACAGUUGGAGCACAUACCUUGCGUCCGACCCGAGCUUGUAGGAACCCGAUUUUCAUGUUCAUAUGAGCAAAUACAUCCCCCUCUCAUAAACUCUUUCCUAUUUUGACUUUUGAAAACAGUAUAUUUAUUUAUGAUAUAAAUUUAAUAUAAUUGGAUUCUUAUUAUGUUAUAGUUUUGAAUUAUACUUAAAGUAUUUAAAAAUGAAAUCAAAAGAGUGAUAAAAUUUGAUUUUUGAGUGAGAAAAAUUUGAACUUGGACUCUUGGAGUACCUGAUUGAGCUAAUUCCAGGUCUUAGAUAAACCAGUCGUGUUUAUGCAAAUCAAGUUCUCUAUGAAUU